AUGGCCGACUCGGGCGCCGCUCCUAAUAAGCCCAGCAGCAGCGUCAAGCUGGUUCUGCUCGGUGAGGCGGCCGUUGGCAAGGUGCAGUCGUCUCUCGUCCUGCGCUUCGUCAACAACGAUUUCCAGGAGAAUAAGGAACCCACUAUUGGUGCUGCAUUCCUCACUCAGAAAUGCAACCUCCCCUCAAGGACCAUCAAAUUCGAGAUCUGGGAUACGGCAGGACAGGAACGCUUCGCCUCGCUGGCCCCGAUGUAUUACCGAAAUGCCCAAGCCGCCCUUGUCGUUUACGAUUUGACCAAGCCGACGUCUCUCAUCAAGGCAAAACACUGGGUCGCCGAGCUACAGAGACAGGCCUCGCCUGGUAUUGUCAUCGCGCUCGUUGGCAACAAGCUCGACCUGACGAACGAUGGCGCCGGUUCCGCCGAUUCCGAGAGUGGCGGAGCCGAGCCGGCCGAUGACUCCGGUGACGCCCGCAAGGUGACUACAGAAGAGGCCAAGUCGUACGCUGAGGAAGAGAGCUUGUUGUUCUUUGAGACGAGUGCUAAGACUGGCCUCAACGUAACGGAAGUAUUCACGGCCAUCGCAAAUGCCAUCCCCGAGACGUCGCUCAAGAGCUCGAGGGGCGUCGGCGCAUCUCAGAACGCAAGCCGGGGUGGUGACGACCAGAGGGUGAACUUGACCGGCCCGAGGGACCAGGGAGCCAAGGAGGGAUGCGCUUGCUAG